AUGCGUAGCGGACUAAGCUUAGAACUCAUGCCUCAAUCCACUAUGUAUGCACUUGCUAAUAUGAGUGGCCAAUACAGGCGAGAAAGUAUUGUACAACUUGUCAGCCCGCCCCUAGCUCUUCAUGUUGGCUCAGCAAAGCGUGUUGGGAAUAAACAUACCUAG